CGCUGCCCGUCCGUCCAGCGGAGUGAAGGUGAACCACUGCCCGUCUCUCUCUCUCCGUCUCCCGGUCUCUGACAGCGUCCUCUCCCCGGCUCAUUCUGCUCCCAUAUCGGCCACCUCGUCCCCCAGAGCCAUGUCCAUAUUCAGCGACGUCCCGCAGGCUCCUCCGGUGGCCGUCUUCAAACUGAGCGCCGACUUCCGGGAGGACAGCCACGCGGAGAAGGUGAACCUGGGAGUCGGAGCUUACCGUACCGAUGACUGCCAGCCGUGGGUGCUGCCGGUGGUGAAGAAGGUGGAGCGGCUGAUUGUGGAGGACAACAGCCUGAACCACGAGUACCUGCCCAUCCUCGGUCUGCCUGAGUUCCGCUCCGCCUCCUCCAAGGUCGCCCUGGGAGACGACAGCGCCGCCAUCAAGGACAACAGGUUGUCUCAUUUAGUACAGUGGGGGGUGCAGGCUCUGGGGGGGACCGGAGCGUUGAGGAUCGGAGCAGAGUUCCUGCGGCGUUGGUACAACGGCGUUAACAACACGGCCACGCCCGUCUAUGUCUCAGCGCCCACCUGGGAGAACCACAACAGUGUGUUUGCUGAUGCUGGGUUCAAAGACAUCCGGCCAUACCACUACUGGGAUGCUGCUAAUAGGGGCCUGGACCUCGCCGGGCUCCUGGACGACCUGGAGAAAGCUCCAGAACACUCCAUCUUCGUCCUCCACGCCUGCGCACACAACCCCACCGGCACCGACCCGACCCAGGAGGAGUGGAAGAAGAUCGCAGAGAUCAUGAAGAGGAGGAACUUGUUUGUGUUCUUCGACUCGGCCUACCAGGGUUUUGCCUCUGGCGACCUGGAUAAAGACGCCUGGGCCAUCCGUUACUUUGUCUCAGAGGGCUUUGAGCUGUUUGUAGCUCAGUCCUUCUCCAAAAACUUCGGUCUUUACAAUGAGAGAGUAGGAAACCUGACCGUGGUCGCCCAGGACAGCGAGAACCUGUCCCGCAUCCUGUCCCAGAUGGAGAAGAUCGUCAGGACGACUUGGUCCAACCCGCCGUCUCAGGGAGCACGCAUCGUCAGCAAGACCCUCAACUGCCCCGAGCUCUUCGCUGAAUGGAAGGGUAAUGUGAAGACCAUGGCGGACCGCGUCCUGCUGAUGAGGGAUCAGCUGAAGUCCAAGCUGCAGGGCCUGGGCACCCCGGGGACCUGGGACCACAUCACCCAGCAGAUCGGCAUGUUCAGCUUCACCGGCCUGAACCCCAAACAGGUGGAGUACAUGAUCAAAGAGAAGCACGUGUACCUGAUGGCCAGCGGACGCAUCAACAUGUGCGGCCUGACCACCAAGAACAUCGACUACAUCGCCCAGUCCAUCCACGACGCCGUCACCAAGGUCCAGUGAGGGGUCGCCUCUCUCCACCCGACUUCCUGUGGCGUCACAGGAAGUACCGUCACGUCUGUGCCCGUGUGCCCCCACCCUCUCCCUCAUCCCCUAACCUCCUGAUUGGUUCGACUGCAUCAGGGGAUUUUGCGGUCGAACCAAUGGGGGGGACGGAUGUUUGUUCUCACAUGAAGGUGUAAAACCUUCGGGAGGUGGAAUGAUUUUAGGAAGACACUUGAACACAAAACCUGGUCUCUGUCACCCGAAUGUGUAGAGUUAUAAAGUUUAAAAACCUUCAUUUUUUAGAUGUUUUUAUGCGUUGUCCAAAUCAUUUCUGGUCACUUGAAUUUUAGCUUUCUCAAUGUCAUUUAUAGCACUGCAAGGAAUUAAAAUGUAGUAUUGAAUAAAAUUAUAUCGAAGGUAGGAAAAUGUAAAUAGAUGUAGUCACUGUUAAAGGUCCUAUUAUAUGCAGAAGCACACCUUUUUUUUUCAGCCUUAAGAAUAUACACUUACAAUAAUUAAAUAUAUGUGUAUUUAAUGAUGAAAUCGUUAUGCUGAAGUCAAAACAAAAGGCAUUAUCAGUGCGUCAUGUGAGCAGGUUGAAAGGUUAAUGCACGUGCCUGAUGUUGCAGGUUUCUGUGGGACCUGUGCAGCUUCGUUAAAAAAAGGGUCACAAUGUGAAGUUCACAGAGCGACUUUGUGCCAUCACUGAACAAAAUCACCUCUCUCCUGCCUCUGCUGUUGUUGUUUUCUCCCUCUCCACGCUGCAGUGCCCUUAUCGUGUUACAGAGAGCCUCUGUAUAGCCGGUUGUUGUAGUGAGGUCAGUCACAUGACCUCACUCCCAGCAUGUUUUGUCUGAAAUAAAUUAUAAAACAUAGG